CUGUCCAGCGUGUUUCAGACCUGUCCAGCGUGUUUCAGAGCUGUCCAGCGUGUUUCAGAGCUGUCCAGCGUGUUUCAGACCUGUCCAGCGUGUUUCAGACCUGUCCAGCGUGUUUCAGACCUGUCCAGCGUGUUUCAGAGCUGUCCAGCGUGUUUCAGACCUGUCCAGCGUGUUUCAGACCUGUCCAGCUUGUUUCAGACCUGUCCAGCGUGUUUCAGACCUGUCCAGCGUGUUUCAGACCUGUCCGGUAACUGAUUGCUGUAUGUUCUUGUUAUUCCAGAGUUGACUGGUAAGUGUGAUCUGCUGUCUCUGAAUGGGAAGACCCUGUCCGUGACAUCAGGCUCCAGUCCAAGCGACUCCUGUCCCAGCUCUGAGUCUCUGGUGAGCUCCUACGUCAACCUCCAACUGGCCAACUGUCAGCCCGCUGGUACGUUUAACUCACCAGUUGCUCAUUCUCUCACUCCACUACACACCUACUUCCCUUUUUUUUUUUUUUACUCAACUUUUUUUUGAAAGGUUAGUUUUCAGUUUGUUAUGCCAAUGCAUUGUUAUUCUGACACUGUUUUUACACAUGUAUGACGUUACAGGACAUCCAACAGUAGUCUAUUGAGAUAAACAUCACGAGGUCCAACUGAAAUGAGACUUCUGCUUUAUCCCAACCCCUGCCAGCAAGUGCCUUGGGCCCAAUGGCAUCUAGGAUUUGAUACCAGCAACUCUCCGGGCGCCAGCUCAUUCCCCCCCCCCCCCCCCGUCAGACCCCCUGGAUUCGAACCGGGAACCCUCCAGUUACUGUUUUGCCUCUAACCGCUAGGCUACCUGCUGCUAUUGAUGUGUACUGAUGCUAUGUAUGUCCUGUCUCUCUGUAGAGUGUCAGAGUGGAGAUGUGGGGACCCUGCUGCUGGUCAAUCCUGUCGGACACGACUGCCUGACCCACAAUGCUUUGCUGUCUGAGACGGCCAAGGUGUUCGGCCUCCGCAGCCGUAGACUGAAGCUCUACCUGGACGAUGCGCUCACCCAAGGUAAGACGGACACCACCAGUCCUAUUUUGGUCUCUGUCUCUGUGUUGUCUUCUUCAAUGCGUCUAGGAUGGAUUGGAAGGCUACAGGCCAGGCUCAGCAGUGCUCAGAGAAUGGGCUGCGAAACGCUCUCUUGACUUUGCCGGAGCAGGAUCUUGGAAGCUCAGCUUGAACAGUACUUCUGUCCUGCUUCAGCUGUAUUCAUUUCUGCUACUGCUACUUUACACCUUUCCCCAUCAAUCCUACUGUGUC